UGUUUCCUGGCCAUCCUGAUAGCGGUUGGCGUCGGCCUCAUUCUUCAUUUCUCGGAAAACCGAAAGUUCGAGUGUGUAUUCCCGGGAAUCAGAUCCGACGACCUCACAGGACAGCUCCACGAGCAGAGCACACGGCAGACGACACGCGAGUUUCAUACAUAAGAUCACAGAUACAAAUUGUUUUAUUUCGACUGGAAAGGCCGUGGUGAACUAUCUCGAAUGAUUUUCUCAGCCGCAGGUUAAAGUUUCGUCGACCGUAGAAUAGACUUCUUCAGAGAGUGGCCCGGUAUUAAAUACACAAUGCCCCAGUAUGUCGUACCAGUGCUCGAGGUUGACGGGCGGACGAACAUCACACAGAGCAUGGCGAUAUCUCGCUACCUGGCCAGGCAAUUUGAUCUGUAUGGUAAGAACGCACAAGAGAUGGCGUUGGUAGACCAGAUCAUAGAGACAGUUGAGGAUAUUUUCUUUGGAGUGCUUAAAUUUCUGGAAACUCCAAAAGCGACAGAAAGGGUACAAACUAUAUGAACUAUUAUCUCGGAUACAAACUCUAGAACUCUACAUUAAAAGUAUUACUGAUGUAAUGUACUAUUGUGAAUGCAAUUUUAAUACAGAAAUGCUCUGGAGCCAUGUUGCACUUAAACAUAAAACCCAGAUAGCACUUGCAAUUUUUGGCCCGAUGGGUGUCCGAUUUUCCUAUUUUUGUAAUUCGAACAUUUUUCGUGGAGAACGGCUAGAAGAAAAAGUGGUUUCCUAAAUAUUAACAGCGCAAACAUUAAGCCUGUUUGCUUUACCAGAUAAGUUUAUUGUCAAUUGUCUACUAAAUCGACUACUAGAACAUAUUUAAACCACAUGACCACAGUUGCGAGGCCAUUGUUGUCACCAGUGACAUAAUUUAUUUGAACGUGACUAACAUGACGCCUCCUUUUUAAGCAAUGUAAACCACAUGAACCUCGGGUUAUUACCAGUUUUGACCCCAUUCUUUGUAAA